GGACGGGCAAUCCAUCGAUCGGACCCGUGCUUUGGGUGGAGCCAUCGCGAUGCCCGUCGUUUCCCUCGCGGAGUGCGAGUCGGAUGCGGAAGCGAGCCAAAGCAGCUUGCUGCCGAAGGACUCAUCUCCUGUCCCAGCCAACACCCGCCGCUGGCCCAGCAACCCCGCGCUGGCGGCGAUCGCCGCGGCGCUGGCGGCUGUGGCGCUGGCGUUGUUGUGUGUGCAACGCUUCCGCGCCUCGACGUUUUCGGGCGCGAGCGGUCUGGCGCAGCUGGCUGCGGCGCCAGCUUCGGCCGCUGGAGCAUUCCGAGAUGCCAAGUCCUUCUACAUGUACAGGGCCCAAAGCGAUGAAAGCUACGCCUUUGAGAACGUGAACGCCGCCAACUUGGCGGGGCUCAUGUGGUACCUGGAGCACGAGGUGGUGUUCCCCCAGUGCCCCAGGCAUUAUAACAUCACCCGCAUACUCCGCUACAACGUGACGGUGAAGACUCCGCACCACUUCCAGCACAACUUCUCGCGCUUUUUCGCCUUCGACAAAGGCAUGUGUACCACUCCCACCUGCGCGGAGGAGUAUGCCAAGAACGGUUUCACGGUGGGCUGCCAAUAUCAACAAUCGUCAGACUACCAGGGGGCCGUUUGGUACUCCCUUCCCGGCAAGUGCCCGGUCACCCCGCUGGUGGGCAAGAACGCGGCCUGCGGAGCCGCGAUGCCGGGAGGGCGCUGCGACCGCGUGACGGGCGAGCGGAACUGCACCUGGUCCGCAGACUUCGCGGGCCAGUUGGACAUCGCAGAGCUGGAAGGCGUCUCCAACUGGACACACUUCUGCCUGCACCACGGGAACGAGUACGUCCUGCCCUUCUGGUCCGGUCGAGGGCACAAGGAGCACAUGCAGACCAGACUUCGGAAGGUGCAGAAGCUCUUCGAGAGCAAAUAUCCCAAGCUACCCUCGCAGCUGGAGGAGCCACUUUGCGACUGGCGGCCCAGACUUUAGCCCUUCGAUCCAUCGCCAGACCAGCAAAAAGCUGUUUGGACUGAGCGUGGGCUGUACAAGCCGUACCCCGCACCUUUCUGAUUCAGGGUUGCUGCGACCAACAUCCAUCCCUAGUGGCCAGUUGUUGCCCCGCCGCAAGGCGGACAGCAAGGGCUUGGCCUGCUGCCCUUGGCCACUUUCCCGAUUUCCCUGGGAAAUCGGGGGUUGCCCCCUGUGAAUAGCGCGACUCAAAGGAGCGGAAAA